GAUCCCAAUCUCUAGCAGCAACAGCUGCCACCUCCCAAACAAAUCCUUUAAACCCUUCUGUGCCGCUGGCAACGGAUGAACCCGAGCAUGGAGGACAUGGGGGACGCUGGUGAAAUGGGCCGUGCUGGGUGAGAGAUGUGCCAAGUCCAGCUGAAGCACCGUGGGUGUGAGGAAGGCGGUGCAGCACCAUGACUGCGGCACAGGGGGUUCUCCUCCGCCCCAUCACCAUGGGACUUCUCCUGCAGAGCCUCUUCCUCCUCCUCCUCCUCCUCCUGGGCUCCUGCCUCCACGCAGCCACUGCCUUUCCCAAGGGCUGUUACCCCUCAGAAGAGGAGGGGCUGAAGACCUUUCGCUGCAGCAACGCUCAGCUGACCGAGGUCCCCAGGGACAUCCCCAACGACACCAACAAGCUCUACCUGGACUUCAACCAAAUCCCCUUCCUGCCUCGCGAUGCCUUCCGGGACCUGCCGCUCCUGCUGGAGCUGGAUCUGUCCCACAAUGCCAUCGCCAGAAUUGAAACUGGGGCUUUCCAGAGCCUGGCAGAGCACCUGCACUCUCUGGACUUGUCCUCCAACAGACUGGUGUCGGUCAGCAAAGACGCCUUUAGCAACCUGAAAGCCAAGGUGAACCUGUCCAACAACCCGUGGCUGUGUGACUGUCGGCUGCAGGAGCUGAUCCGUGCCGUGGAGCUGGUGGCUGAAUCCUCGGGGGGCAUCGUGUGCGACUCCUCCACGCAGGAGGAGCACGUGGGCAAAGCCUUCCUGCAGGUCAUUGCCGACACAGACCUCUGCAACGUGUACAAGAAGACCACGGACAUCGCCAUGCUGGUCACCAUGUUCGGCUGGUUCGCCAUGGUGAUUUCCUACCUGGUUUAUUACGUCAGGCAGAACCAGGAGGACGCCCGGCGGCACCUGGAGUAUCUCAAGUCACUGCCCAGCAAACAGCGGCGAUCGGAGGAGUCGUCCACCAUCAGCACUGUGGUGUGAGCACAGCAUCCUGCAGGACACGGGGACGUGUGGAGCUGGGGACCGGCCGCUCCAGGGGCUGUCACCAACCACUGGCAUCGCACAGAGAUACUCACGGAUUUGUUCUCUUCUCCUCCUGGAAGCAGCAACCACGGCUGAUGAGUCCCUGGCUCUGGUGGCUGAGGUCAGGGAUGGGUAUCAGACAUGAGCAUGGAGGAUCCCCAGCGUCUUCCCAAGUCAUGGGGGACUGGAGCAACCCGAGCAUCCCCCUGGCAUGUGGCCAUUGCUCUGACUGACUUGGACAUUUGGACUUCAUCUAAAACUUUUUAUAUUUCCUUUGCAGAGAUCCCUUGGGGCAUUAUGGAAUCGGUGUUUUCAUCUCUCCCUGGCUCCUCCCUUGGCUGCCCAAGGGAUGGUACGGCAGCCCAGGGCAGCCUGGGCCUGGAUCCCUGCUGGGAGGGCACU